UACGGACCAGCGGCUUCUGAAACGCCGGCUAUAGCACGAGUGAAGGCAGUGAUGACGUCGGCGGCCUCGAGAACCGGUUCUGCCGCUGUUGAACCGGCAGUCAGCCCGAGGGUAAGUGGAAAGAAGUAUACAGAAAAUGAAGAAGAGGCUUGGCAAGCUGGACAAUCCUCGUGCACUACCGGCGACGUAAUGAAGAUGUCAAGGCUAGCAACCGGCCUUGGCAUGGCGGCACAGCAACCAGACUGUGAUAGAGUCUCCAUGUACCUGACUGGUGACAGCAGGAAGCUUUUCGGUGGUACAAGUGAGGGUGAAAUAGUCGCAUGGAGUCAACCCUUUGAACGUGUGAAUGUGCAAUCUUCAGUUGAAGACGCCGGAGGUGAGAAGUCGACGGAGACAUAUCUGACCAGCGGGCUGACCGGCUCUGAUGGUGUCCCAGGGGCUGCAUAUGAAAUGGACCAGAAGCCCUCAAGAGAGGGAAGUGUCAUCCCCGAGAAUCUAAUAAAGGUUUCAGGUGGGUAG